CUUCUGACAGAGCUAUAUAUGCCCAAUAUGGCCGCCGCCUCGUGGCCAUGCAUAUGGUCGCCCCUUCAAAGACAGUGUUCGCCAUCCUCGCGAAGGCGAUCAAGGUCCGAGACGCCCACUAAGUGGCGAUAGAUACAAUAACAGAGAUCUGGGACUGGAACCCAGUGAAACACCUUAAAGUACAACAAAUUACCCACAAGGAACUGGAGACACACCUGCUGAGAGACAAGAGAAGAGGUCAACAUGCCUGCCGGCCCAGGUGAGACGCUUCUGACGACGCUCUUUGCAGACGUCCACUAUCACUUUGCCGAGCCGUCUCCCAGCAAGGCCCAGCAUCACCGAUUUGUUCGCGGCAGCUAUGUCUACAUCUACCACGAUGCAAUCCAGCAUCAAGCCAAGCUAGAGGUAGCCAACCAUGCGGGUACGCCAGAGCAAGAUGCCUUCUCCGGUUAUUUGCAUUCGGCGACACUAUCGUAUUCGUACGCCCAGCCCACCGUCUGCACAAUGCGAAUAGAUGCACAUGUACCGGACGAGAAGCAGUGGCGACUGGCCAGCUAUGACGAGAAGAACGAGCAGCGCUUUAUGUACAAGCUGCAUAGCCUGGACCUCUACUUGUGGACGGAGAAAGAUGCUGCGAUUCUGCUUGGCCAUAUGAAAGCCGUUAUGCCGGCGAGUAGACUGGAUGUCAGCGGUGCGCCCUCUGUUGCGAAGUCGCAGACACUAGCCGAGCAUAGAGACACCAUGAGCCCAGUAGUACAACAGCUAGAGAGGACUGCUAUAGGGGCACAAUUUCCGCCACGUGCUGAGAGCGUGGCUUCCAUGAACAGUCUCCAAGGCCCAGUCACUCCCGCGACAUCAGCCGGAGCAACGACAAGUCCACCGGUCAGUCCACCUCAAGCGCCGCCGAUGGCCUACAAUCCUGCUGCGCCACCAGCACCUGAACCUAUCAUGCACCGGGAGAAGACGCCUCCGCCACCUGAUGGCAGCAAUGGUACACCAAUGGGAGGUGGAAGGCAUGACCCGUCACCGCAGCCUCAGUACGCCAAUGUUCCGCUAGGCUACCAUCAAAACUCGAACCAGCCUACUCCGCAGCAAGCGUACUUCGGUGGCGCUGUGCAAACACCACCGCAGCUCCAGCAACCUCCCGUACAACGUACAUACUCUGGGGGCGUGCCACCACCUCCACCGGGUGGACCGUCUUCCCAACCAGCCCAGCAACAGCCAUAUGCUCAGGCUUUUGCGCCACUACCUGUGAAUCACCACUCCCAACCUACCUCUCCGCCUCCGCACCAGCAAAACUUCCACCGGCAAUCCACUUUCGGCGGCCCACCUGGGCAGACACAAUUCGCUUCGUAUCCAACGCAGCAAUUCGCCAACCACCCUGGCUCGCCUAGCUUCGGACCCUACGCAGCGGCGUCUCCUGGCAUCGGAGGCGCAUCAGGCUACAUGUCAAUGCAGCCGCCAACUCCAUCCGCGCCACCUGCAUACGCCGGACAUACACCUCUACAAUCACCGGGCCUCCCGCCUCCGCCACCUCAACAACCAUACCAACCAGCUGUGGGAGGCUACAGCAAUUACAACUACACGGCGGCCCAGCAACCAAACACGCAGCAACUGAACCAAUACGGCGCUUACACCGGCGACAUCCAUAGCCAAGUCUACAGGCCGACGGAGGCGGAGCAAGCGCAUGGCCACCAUCCGCAACCGCCUAAGCCGCCGACGGUGAGGCAAGGGAGUGAGACGAAGGUGCGGAUGGAGGAGAGGGUGACGAAUGUGGAGAAGAAAGUCGGUGGCUUUCUGAAAAGGUUGGAUAAACUUAUAUAGCAUUCGUAUGUGAGUGAUCUAUACCUUUCUCUAGCCGUCUCACGUCGGUAGUGUAGAAAUUGAC